AUGGCGUCUAUUUCGACCCUGUCGCCACUUCCCCUGUUUACUUUUCCGGCGCCUUCUUUGUCACCUCUAAAAACCCCAUUUUUCGGAAAAUUUAUCAAAAACCCAUCAAGAAAACAUUGUCAGAGAGUUAAAAACAACAAAGUUACCAGCUUUCUUGAUUUGGAACCCAAGUCAAAACCAAAACCCCUGAAUUUCGACCUCCCCCGGUUCAACCCUGCAGAUCGGACCCGAUUCGACGUGAUCGUCAUCGGAGCCGGCCCAGCCGGCCUCCGGACCGCCGAUCUAAUCUCCCAACACGGCAUCAAAGUCUGCUGCGUUGACCCUUCACCCCUUUCCGCGUGGCCCAACAACUACGGCGUUUGGGUGGACGAGUUCCAGAGUUUGGGCCUCGAAGACUGUCUGGACAAGACAUGGCCCAUGACGUGCAUUCACAUCAACGACCAAAAAACCAAGUAUUUGGACCGUGCCUACGGCCGAGUCAACCGGAACGAGUUGAAAUCCAAGUUACUCUCCGGUUGCGCCGAUAACGGCGUCAAAUUCCACGCGUCCAAGGCUCAGAAAAUCGAGCACGAGGAGUUCGAGUCCUCGGUCGCCUGCGAAGACGGGACCCGCCUUCGCGCCAGCCUCGUCGUGGACGCGAGUGGGUUCGGGAGCACCUUCGUCGAGUACGACAAGCCGAGAAAUCCCGGUUACCAACUCGCACACGGCGUCCUAGCCGAGGUCAACGGGCACCCGUUUGACCUCGACAAAAUGGUCCUCAUGGAUUGGAGGGACUCUCAUUUGGGCAACGAGCCGUAUCUACGCGCCGAAAAUUACGAGCUCCCGACUUUUCUAUACGUGAUGCCCUUCGACUCGAACUUGAUCUUUCUAGAAGAAACCUCGCUCGUGAGCCGUCCGGUUUUGUCCUACGACGAGGUCAAACACCGGAUGGCAGCGAGGCUAAGGCAUCUCGGGAUAAGGGUAAAAUCGGUAAUGGAAGACGAGAAGUGCCUGAUCCCGAUGGGAGGUCCUCUCCCGAGGAUCCCCCAGAGGGUGAUGGCGAUCGGGGGCAAUUCGGGAAUUGUGCACCCCUCGACGGGGUACACAGUGGCCCGAACGCUGGAGCUUGCCCCGGGGCUUGCUAGGGUUGUGGUGGAGUGUCUCGGGUCGACCCGGAUGAUCCGUGGGGCCCCGAUGUGUCGGAGGGUGUGGGAGAGCGUGUGGCCUCGGGAGAGGAGGUGGGAGAGGGAGUUUUACGAUUUCGGGAUGGAGACCUUGUUGAGGCUCGAUUUGGACGGGACGAGGAGGUUUUUCGACGCGUUUUUUGAGCUCGACCCGAGACUCUGGCAGGGGUUCUUGUCGUCGAGGCUGUCGAUUGGGGAGCUUUUCGGGCUCGGGUUGUGCCAGUUCGGGAACGGGUCGGGCCUUGCCAAGUUGGAUAUGGUGACCAAAUGCCCGGCCCCUAUGGUUAGGAUGGUGGGUAAUUUGGCACUUGAAGCUAUUUGA